GAGGCUGCAGCUGGGAGUCCGCGGAGCGCCGCCAACUCCCCGCCCCGACCGCUCCGGCCGCCCGGCGCCUGCAAGAUGAGCGGCCGGCCGGGGGGAGCCUCUUCCAGCCGCAGCCGCCGCCGCAGCCGCCGCGGCUCCUCCGGGGCAAGAUGAGCGCUUCUCCGCGGAAGGAGGCGCCGAUCUCCCGCAAGCAGCGGCUGAUGGCCGCGGUCGCGUCCGGGGACGAGUGCGCGGGGGCGGCGGCGGCGGCGGCGGCGAGGAGCCGCUGCUGCCCGCCCGCGCCCGCGUCCCCGGCCGCCGCCGCCGCCUGCCCCUCCUCCGCCGCGGCGCUCUGCUGCUUCAUCUGCGGUGGCGGGAUCAGCCGGGGCAAGGAGCGGCGGCUGCAAGUGCGGGCGCCGCGCGGCCCCCAGCCCUUCUUCCCCUUCCUGCAGCACCAGGAGCCGGCGCCCGGCGCGCGGGAGGUGAGCGCCGAGGGCUGCGCCCUGGUCUGCGCCGUCUGCCGCUGCUUCCUGGCCGAGCAGUGGGACGCCUUCGAGCGGGCGCGGACGCCGGUGGAGAAGCGCAUGUACUGGCUCAAGCGGCCCUACCAGUGCGAGGGCCCCGCGGCGGCGGCGGCGGGAGGGCUGCGCCGGGCGCCGCAGGAGUGGAACCCGGGCUACGCGCUGGGCACGGACGACGAGCGGCGCCCCGGCAGCAGCCCCGACCAGCCUCCCUCCCAGCAGCGGCGGCGGCGGCGGCCCCGAGGAUCGCCCGCAGCGGCGCCGCCCGACGACUCCUCGCUCUCCUCGCUGUCGGACGCCGAGACCUUGUCGGAGACCGAGCCGCGCUUCCCCGCCGCGCCGGGCAGCCCCGAGGCCGGGCGCGCGGAGGAGCGGAAGAGGCCCCGCCGGGGAAGCCAGCUGCGGCCGCCCCCGGAAGAGGCGGCGGCGAUCCCCUUUCACCCGGGGAACGGGCUGCCACUGGCUCCGAAGCUUCGCAGGAAGCGGCAGCGGCCGGCGCGGCGCCGGGCACGAGGGGGUCUCCUUUGGAACGCAGCCAUGGACGCCUUUGGACGGUCGCAGCCCGGCUUGGAAGCGCAGCGAGCCGAGGGGCCGGCGGGCGAGUGGCCCCGGGCGCCCUCGGGCUGCUGCUCGUCGGAGGAAAGCGAGAUCAACAUCACCAGCGACGAGGAGCCCCGGACGGCGCCCGGCGGCGGCGGGGGAGCCUCGGCGCGGGGGGCCGGGCUGGCCUGCUACGUCUGCGGCUCCCCCCUGACGCCGGGCUCGCAGCAGCGCCUCCACGUGCAGAAGCAGGAGCAAGCCUCGACGGCGCCCUUCUUCCCCUUCCUCUGGCUGCACAGCCCGCCGCCCGGCGCCCUCCCGCUCAGCCCUGCGGGCAGCGCCCUGGUCUGCCCCGCCUGCCACGCCUCGCUCACGCAGCAGUGGCGCAGCUUCGAGGGCGCCGACGUGCCCGUCCUGCAGCGGCUCUACGUGCUGCCCCGGGCGGCCGCCCAGCCUCGGAGGGCCGGGACGGCCAGAGAGGAAGGGCCCCCCGGGGCCCCGCAGCCCCGCUCGCCGGAAGCCUGCUACCUGUGCGGGGAGGACUGCAGCCAGGACGGGCGCCCCGUCUCCGCCAAGGCCCCCAACGGCAGCUCCAAGGUGGCCAUGCACUUCCCCUUCCUCAGCCACCUGCCCUGCCCGCCCCGCGCCAAGGGGCCGGACCAGCGCUGCCAGGUGCGCAGCUGCUCCCGCUGCUACCUGGUGCUGCAGGACUUGUGGGCUACCUACCUGGCCUGCCGCAACGAGGAAUGCAUUGCUUCCGUGCAGAGCUUCCUGGGCAGAUACCACCAGGUCUUCGCCGCCGUUGGGGAGGCCGAGGCCCCGGCCAGGACCCCGAGGUUGACCCAGGCAGGCCUGGCCUCCAGCUGUUACAUCUGCGGUGCCCAGCUCAGCCCUGGCAAGGAGUUCCAAGUCAGCAUCAACCCUCCUGCCGGCCGCUUUGGUGAAAAGGAGCCCUUUUUCCCUUUCUUGGCCGUCUAUCCGCCGGCUCCACGGGCCAGGCCGGCCGAGGCCACGGGGAUCGUGGCCACCUGCCUGCUGUGCUACCACGACCUCCUGGCCCAGUGGCUGCAGCAUGAGCAAAGCAGUGCCCAGCACCCCAGCAGUGCCUGGUCUCGGCAGUACAAGGUGGACACCUUUGCUUGCUUCUUCUGCCGACAAGAGAAGAAACGGCACCUUGGAUUAAGAGGGGUGCCAGUGGCCAGGCUGCCCGUCUUCUUGGGCUCCUUCCGGGGUCCGGGCACCUUGCUGGUGGAUGAUGGCAAGCGGCUGACCAUUGGCGCUUGCCCUGAGUGCGCCAUGCUGGUGCUGGCAGGCAAAUCGGCCGUGGCCAGGGAUCUUUUGGCUCUGCCUGCAACUGUGUCGCUGUCCCUCCAAAAGGCACCCUUUCUGCCUUCAGAGGCCUCUUCUGCAAAUCCGGGGGUGGCAGACGAGACGGCCCAGCGUCCUCCCGGCACCGCAGAGGGCACGGCUGUGGGGAACGGAGCCAGGCUGGACCGCAGGGCCACGUUGAAUGUGGACGAAGCAGCCCCACCAGCUACAAGUAAGUGCUGUGCUGAUUGCUACACCAGUUUGUGGCAGACCAUAAAGCGGGGUUUCAGCACGGGGGGGGGGUUUAUUGAGCGGAUCGCGGUUGUGCCAACAGCGGCUCUGAGCACCAGCGAGGUCUGGGCUAGCACGAACCAGCCGACCCAG